AUGGCUCCCGCUCGCUCUAACGUUUCCAACGACUUGGUCUGGCAGCUGACCCGUAACCAGAAUGCUUAUCUGGUUCGCCGCAACACCGGCGGCGGUGCUCAGUUCUCCCGCGAUCCCUUGAACUUGGUUAACAAGCAGUCUUUCAAGUAUGCCGGUUACGCUAACAGCAAGGCCAUUGGUAUCCAGGGUACUGACAGCGGUGAUCUCAACGUUGUUACCAAGAAGACUAGCUCUCCUCAGCACCCCGCCAAGACCUUUGUGACCGUCACCUACGGCCCCAAGGCCUCCAUCCGCAAGAUCUACAAGGGUGUUGCUGAUAAGACUGCUAAGUCUGGCUACCGUGCUGACCUCCGUGAGGAGGCUGUUGCCCGUGUUAGCGCCGUCCGCCAGUCCCAGCGCCCUAAGAAGGAGACCCCCGUCAAGGCUCCUCGUGGUGUCAAGGCUCGCAAGGCCGCUGAGAAGGCCUCCGAGUAA